GAACCAAAGGUAACUUGAUGAAGAACCAUCGUGCAGGUCAGAACUCUCCCACAACAUAAACAUGUCGUUCACAUUCGCAGCAUUUUCUUACAUUAUUGCUCUCAUUGUGGAUGCCUUCCUCAUAUUCUUCGCCAUCUUCCACAUUAUUGCAUUUGAUGAGCUGAAGACAGAUUACAAAAAUCCUAUAGACCAGUGUAACAGUUUGAACCCUUUAGUCUUGCCUGAAUAUGCUCUGCAUCUUUUCUUCAACAUCUUGUUUUUGAUUGCUGGAGAAUGGUUCUCUCUGUUGCUGAAUCUUCCUCUCAUCUUAUACCACAUUAACAGGUAUCGAGGGCGGCCAGUAAUGACUGGGCCAGGAUUGUAUGACCCAACAAGCAUAAUGAACCACGAGGUCUUAAGCCAGUGUCAGCGUGAAGGUUGGGUGAAAUUAGCCUUCUAUCUCCUUGCCUUUUUCUACUAUCUCUAUGGGAUGAUAGUGUCUCUCAUCUCGGGAGCUUAAAAGCCAUUCUGAAGUGUCAUAAGAAAAGCCUUCACCUGCCUGCUAUGGAUCAUUAUCCUGCAAUAAUUAUUGCCUGAUCAGUUAUUUGUUCAUGACUUUGUUGUGAUAUAAAACAUGAAUUUUGGUUAAAAUAUUUGUAGCUCUGGUUUCUGUUAAUCUUCAACAUGGCAAUAGAGCAUACAAGCAAAAUAAACAUGCACCUAUGUUCAUUAUGUGUAAUAUAUAAUGUUUGUGUAUCUGUCAUGACUUUCUUUGGUACUAAUGAAUGAUUUAUGCUUUAUCAUUAUCGAGACAUGAUUGAAAGUACUUUGAGGUGUAGUGAAAGAAAAACUGGCACAUAUUUCACAUUGUGUAGCUAAAAUUAGGAGAGUCAUAAGAGAUUCAUGAAAUCUGUGGAUGAGUGGCUAACAUUUAGCAGUAUGGUAUUGGAAUAUGCAGAAGAAUGGUUAACAGUCAAUAAUGUGGGGAAAUGGAGAUUGUAGUUGUCAUAAAUCAUAAAAGCAUUAAAAGUCUUGCGUGUUUAAUUUUGUUUCAGAUUGAAUUUCUUUUUUGCUCAGUUAAAGGAAGGAAAGUUCCUUAUGGAAUGUGGUUAGACUUAAAUACACAGGUAGACAAAAAUGUUCAGUUAUUGGACACUUACCAAAGUGCAGUGAAAUAUAUAUCUGAGACUUGACAAUAUUGCUAUUAAUACAAAGAACAUGUAUGGUUAAAUAUGGGAAAGAAACUGUAGGUAGAUAACAAAUAUUGCAUCUUCAAUAAUGGUAAUGAAGCAAAAAAAAAAAUGGUUUGGUUGAUUUUGUUCGGUAUAAAAAAAACGUGUGCACCAGUAGAAAGCUAGAUAAAUUUCUUAAGAACGUACCUCAUGCACUUCAUUGUCAGGAUUACACUGGCCCCAGGCUGGGCUGUGAGGGGUAGAAAAACUCUAAACUGACCACACGUAUAAAUAUUCUUUUAUAUAUGCUAGCAAGAAACUUUGACCUCAGACUAAGCUGCAGAAAUCGGACUCCUACAACUAGCAUACUGUUUUUUUUUUUUUUUUUUUUUUUUUUUUAUAUAUAUAUACAUACAGUAUAGUUGUCUGUAGCAGGCACUGCCUUAGUUUUGCUAUGCACUUAAAAGCCACUGUUCUUCAUUGAUACAGCACAACCUGGUGUGUGUGUGUGUGUACUCACCUAGUUGAGGUUGCAGGGGUUGAGUCCGAGCUCCUGUGUGUGUGUGUGUGUGUGUGUGUGUGUGCACAUGCUAAACCACUUGUAUUUCUUGGCAUGAUUACAUUUUGGUGAUACCUGAAUUAGCAGUGAAAGAUGACUAUCUUAAUAUUUAAGAUAGAUACUAAAUCCCAAGACAAGUUAGAUUUUGCAGAGAGCUUGACUAUUUUUUGGAAAUUAAUGAAGUAGUACUAUAAUAAAUGAAUGCAGUUCUUACCAUUAAAUAACUAAAUGCAAAUAGCUAUAAGUGAAAUUAUUCCACAGUAAUUUAGUAUGUUUUUGUUAGUCUUUAAAAGUAAUGAGUUUGCUUCAUAAUUUCUCAGAAGAAAAAAAGCUGUGAUUUUUAUUUGCUCAAAUUUUCAGGGUAAAGUUAGUGAGAAAAUAACAUUAUAUUCAGAAGAUUAUAUAAAAUUAUAGUUCUGCUUAUAUGCUGUCAUUUUUAUUAUUGUCAUGGAAACCAGCAGCAGAUUGGUGUAGCUCAUUAUCUUCAAUUUCUACAUAGUAAAAUUAUUGCAGUGAAUGGAUCUCUGGCUAAUAUAAUGAGGAAGUGUGUAUUACCAUAUGAACAAUGAUUUUAUUUGGUUGAUUUCUUAAGUCAAUCAUUUGCACAUAUUUUAUGAUCUAGCUAGUCAUAGUAAACUAAUUGACAUUGAUUAUGGGGGACUGAUGUAGUCUCAGGUUUUUUUUUUUUUUUUUUUUUUUUUUUUUUAAUUAAAUAGGUUAAUUCCUGCUUGGGAAGAACUUAUUUUGUAAAUAUUAUCCUUUUGCAUUGAACUGUAAAGUAAAAAUUAAUGGUUUAAUUUCUUUUAGAUUCUCUUAUAUUUAUGAAGUCUUAUUUGAUUAAAAUAAUAACACUUGGAUCUUGUUAAAUUCAUUACUGAGAUUUUGCAAUAGUUUUGGAUUACCAGUACAUAAAAAAAAAAAUAUUAUCAAAACCUGUGAAUUAACUUAAGUUAGUUACUGCGUUGAUUAGUUGAACAGCUAAAACGAACAAAUAGUAAUUGUAGUGCAGGAGUGAGCAAUGCUUAAAUUAUUAUAUUGCUCAUUCUCGUAAGAUUAUUUUUAUUUUAAUUGUGAUAAAUUGCUAAUUAUCUUUAUUGGUUCAGUUUAUUAAAAAUGACACAAGAUUUUCAAGAUAAAAUUUCAUCUUGUGAUAUUUUAUAUGUAAAAAAAAAGUACUGUAGUAAUGUAAAAUUUUAUUAUCAUUGGAGAUAUUGUCAUAAGUGACUAGUUUUCUAUACACAGUAGAGUACUGUAUAUACAGUGCAUUAUUGAUCAUAUAUUCAAGGUUCAUGAACUAAACAAUGGAAAGGAGUUUAGUUACUGUAAAAUUUUCCCUUCUUUUAUUUGCAUUAAUUUUUAAUCAUUGGAUUGUACUACCCAUGAGUAUACAGGAAAAUUAUUUGUGGCUUUUGGAUUUUUUUUUUUUUUUUUAUUAUUAAAAUAGAAAAUAGUGUAAAGUGCCCAAUAACUUUAACUUUCUUGGGAUUGUAUCUCCCAUGUAAAGAUGCCUGUGGUCACCAGCAGCAAUAGUUCAGCUCAGGGUAGAUACAGUAGCCUCAUUUGGUAUCUGGACACUGAAUCUGGUGCCAAUAUCAACCACUCCAGUGAGUGGAGACAAGUGGUUUUUAUGACUGUGUGUGAUGUUGGGGUAUGCUUUUCUAUUCAUAGCUAACAUACAAAUUGGAAAUGGAAACUAGACAACAUUUCAAGCUGUCUUGGACUGUUAUCAAGUCUACAUGAUAGAGGUCCAUUUGAAUGAUCUAGAAUUGACCCAAAAUGUUGUCUUCAUUUCCAGUUGCAUAGUUGUGAAUUGAUCCAGUAAUGUUAUUGUUAUUUAUUCUUCAUGCUUUUGUAGUGAAAGGAAAAUCACCACAGGCACAGCCAGAUACUUGAAACCCACCUGUCAGAGGGUUAUUGCCAUAUAUAUAUACUCAAUUUUAAGUCAGGCAAAUGGAAAAAAAUUAUAAUCUUCAUAUAAAAUGUUUCACUUGUAUUCAAAGCCUAUUGUUGAAAAAAUAUUUUUUUCAAUUAUUUUACUCAUUAACUUAAAUUCUCAUGAACUAAAAUGGUAUUUGUUUCAUCAGUGUUUCUAUCCAAUUUUUAGAUUAUUUUUAAUGAGUACAAGCGGUCAUUGUGGCUGUCCUGGACCCGAUGUGAUAACCAAAUACAGAUUAUUUUUUCCUUAAUAUGAUUAUCCUUUUCCUCUCUUCCAGCAGAGAAGCGAGAGGAUAUAGUGAUCAUCAUUUUGCCUGUAAUUACAAGAGUGCAUACAUUUUUCACAGUAAUGUUACUAUUAUUUGAUAAGAUGGCAUAAAUAUGAUCAAAUCAUCACAUUUUAUGACCCCUGCUAGUCUUAAUUUGGCUAUGGAAACUGUAUAAGUAUUGACCAUUGUACAUUUUGCUAUCAUACAAAUGGUUCCUGAGCUCCUUGGGAGUGCUGAAUUGAGAUGAAAUGCAGCACUUAAUUGGAAUUUCAACUACUGCACUUUGCAUAUGGUAAUAUGUUUACAAACUUUAAGGUUGUAUUGCAUGUAUUUUUGUAACAUUGACAAAAAUGGGAAGCAAAUCAAAUAGCUCCUAGAAAAAAUAUACACAAACUGACUAGACUGAAUACUCUUUUGUGUAAUUUUGUGAAUUGUACAAUCGAAGAUUUCAGUAAAGAGUGAUGUGUUUAGUUUCUAAGUUAUAAUGUACACUGACUGCCAAUAUUUAUCAAUAUAACAACACAGGAGAAUAAUGGAAGAGAUGUAUGUGAAGCAUUCUUUACUUCAAAUGUAACUAUUAAUUUUAAUGAACUACUUAAACAACCCUUACAUGGCAUUUACAUUAUUUUUGCCAGAUGUGUUAAGAUUCUUUAUUUACAUUAUGUAGUUUAUUAGAAAGUAAAAGAAAUUUGACAUCUCAUUGAUUUUGCUUAUGUAAUAAAAAAAUUUCCAAAUAAAAAUACUUUUUUUUUUUUUUUUUUUUUUUUUUAAGCUUAAUUUGGCAAGAAGGUUUUUGGCACGAAUAUAUGAACCAAAUGUCAAAAUCCAUUUUCCUUUAACAAAGAUAUAUAUUUUUGUGUCUGUGUUAUACUUAUUGUUUAUCUCUGCUAUUGCUUAUGAAUAUUUCAUGUAUUCAUGUACAGUAUAGGAAUUUAUGUGGAAUUAUUGUACUUACAUUAAAUUGAAAUCAGA